AUGGGUCAGCAGAACGCUGGAGGAGAGGAGACUUCCCUGGGGGGCUCUAACCUCUCUGAGGUAAAACAGGUAGAUAUUGUUUAGCAUGGAAGUGAAACAGGAAUACUGCAUUAUAAUAGUAAUUUAACAAAUAAUAUCAGUUGAUUAUGUAGUGUGAUUUACUCUGUAUGUAGUCCCCUUGGGCAUCUACUGUAAUGUCCAUAAUCCAUCUUUACUACUUAUCCCACUGCAUACUGUACAAAUAUAGAUUGGGGCCAUAUUCAAUAACAUGCUUUCUCUAAUAUUGUAAAUAAGAAAGUGUGUUGGUAUUUUGCUGCAUGUCUUUGAGUGUAUGUGGUUGGGGCAUGUGUUUGAAUUGUGCAAAUCUGUGCAUGUGUGUGUGGUGUGUAUUCAGAGUGCCCAGGAGUCAGAGGAGAUCCAGGAUGAACUGAAUGAGAAGGUGGAGAGGCUGAAGGCUGAGCUGGUGGUCUUUAAGAGCCUUAUGAGCGAUGUGAGUAUAGUAUAUACACCCUCACACUCCACUGCAGCACACUGUCACAGACUGACAGAUACCGCAGUCAUAUCCCUGCUAAAAUGAUGACAAUUACGUUGAGUAUACAAAACAUGCUCUUUCCAUGACAUAGACUGACCAGGUAAAUCCAGGUGAAAGCUUGAUCCCUUAUUGUUUUCACUUAAAAUCCACUCAAUCAAUGUGGGGGAGGAGACAGCUUAAAGAAGGAUAUUUUUGCCUUGAGACAAUUGAGACAUGGAUUGUGUAUGUAUGUGUGCCAUUCAGAGGGUGAAGACAAAAAAUGUAAGUGCCUUUGAGCGGGGUAUGGUAGUAGGUGCCAGGCCGCGCACCGGUUUGUGUCAAGAACUGCAACGCUGCUGGGUUUUUCACGCUCAACAGUUUCCCGUGUGUAUCAAGAAUGGUCCACCACCCAAAGGCCAUCCAGCCAACUUGACACAACUGUUGGAAGCAUUGGAGUCAACAUGGGCCAGCAUCCCUGUGGAACGCUUUCGACACUUUGUAGAGUCCAUGACCCAACGAAUUGAGGCUGUUCUGAGGGCAAAAAGGGGGGUGGGGGGGUUCAACUCAGUAUUAGGAAGGUGUUCUUAAUAUUUGGUAUACUCAGUGUAUAUUCUCAACAAUACAACAGCAUUGGUUGUAUUGACAGUCAUAUUGUUUUUUAUAGGGGAUGAUAGAUGUUGUCAGUCAUACCGUAGAGGUCGUCAGGGCUUCAUUCAUCAUCCUGAACACACUCAGAGACUGGGCUCCUGGACAGGCUAGUAGAUUCACACCCCUCCUUGUUUGGAUUUUUACCCAGCAGUGGAAACAUAUUCUGCCACAAACGGCAUUUCAGACAGGCAUUAAUAAAUUAAAUGGCACAGUGAUCAGAUAGGACGGUUUUCAUAAACACACAGUAGAUCAACAGGACUUUGCGCUGUGUCUGCAGCAACUUAUUAGUCCCAUGGAGCUUGGCUCUAGUGUGACGGCUGUAAUAUAAUGCAGCUGGCCCAGGCUUAGCUUGUGUUUGGUCAGGAAUGAAAACACAAAAUUAGCAGGGAGUCAUUUGGAUUUCCGUUGAAAACCAUUCUAGCUUGGCUCCCUCUCUUAUUGACUUCUCUGUUUGACUGCCCAUGUCGGUUAGUGGCUUUAUGGGUAAUAGCAGCUUCCUCGUCAUGGCACAACUACCUGUAGUCAGAGAAGAGAGGAUACAUGCAGUACAGUAGUAGAUCUAUCCGGCAACACAGUGUGUCUAACCUGAUAGAUCUCCAGGGUAGUGAACAGUGUGAUUUGGGACGUGUCCUUAGAAUAAGUGUACUUUGUCGUUGCUCAUUAUUAAGGGCGGUCGACGUCUGAGUUCCAAAUAUGUCAGGAGAUCUCAAUAUGUCAGGAGGGAUCUGGAUAUGAAAGUAAGAGAUACCUCUAUUCCAGCAUUCCCACUCCCCUUUACCCUAUAAUCAAAAUACUAGCCUUCCCCUUGUAGACAGUUUAGUAUAGAAUUGUUUGGUCAUAAUAGCAUAUUAGACUAAUUGUAAGUUAUUGAGUGACAAAAAGAAGCAUGGGAUGCAGCAGCGAUCAAAUUCAUUUUGGAGUUUCCUUUUGGACCUUCACAGAGAUGUUGCAUGAUGUGUUAUUGACCCAGACUGACUGGAUGUGGGUUUCUGCUGGGUCUGCAAUUGAACAAGUGUAUACUUUAAUACUGCUGCAUCCAUGCAGGGCUGGCUCUAGCCUUUUGGGGGACCCCAAGAGAGAUUUGGUUGGUGGGCAUGCAAUUUCACGCAAUUCUCCAGAUUUUGCCAUAGGAUACAUUUUUGCAGUUUUAUAACACAUUUUAUACAAUUCUACUCAUUUUGUGGUGGGGCAGAGAUACAUUUUUGCAGUUUUAAAGCUAAUUUCCCGCAAUUCUACACAUUUUGCCAUGACUUAUGCCAUGUUAAUGAUAUCAGAAUGAGAGUGACUAACAAAAUCAAUGGGGGCCCCCUGAAGGUCAGGGCCCCUGGGCACGUGCCCUAUGUGCCCGGUCGGUAUUUGGCCAUGGUUACUACAAGUUUAGAUAACUGGUUAGACUGAUUUACCAAUCUAAGAAUUGUUAGGUGACAUGGCUAAUUGAGUGACUGUCAGUGACUGACAAAAGAAGAGAAAAACUGCUGAUGCACAACCACAUUUCGAACUUGCACCUUGUGUAUUCUGCUAUUCUAACUCGACUAAGGGGGCCCUAAGCAACCGCUUAUGUUGCUUAUGGCUGGAGCCGGCCCUGUGCAUAUUGCCAAUCACAGAUAGCCAGUCAUGGAUGAACUCAGCAUGUGACUUAUGUUAUUCAUAUCUGUCCGAUAGCUUUAAAAAGCGUUCAGACAUUUGUUGAGUAUAGUAAGUAGAGGUUUUGGUUGGGUGAUUCUCUGCUUCACAGCCAACAACACAGACCCCUCUCCUUCCUCUCCAGCAAAUGUCCGACUUGGACACUAAGAUCCAGGAGAAAGCCAUGCGGGUGGACAUGGACAUCUGCCGGCGCAUUGACAUCACCGCCAAACUGUGUGACGUUGCUCAGCAGUGCAACUCAGAGGACAUGUCAAAGAUGUUCAACGUCAGCCCGGCCAGGUCGCUACCAGAGAGGGUGUGUAUCUAUCUAUAUGUUAGGCCUCACUCUGGAACAGCUAAUGGUGUACUGCUGCUACACUCUCUUCUACAUAGGCAGACACACUGCCACUAACACAAUACUCAUUGACCCCUCCUCCAUACACACACAAACACAGUCGCUGCUCAGCGGUGAACUGCUGAUGCUGUGACUUUCUGCACUGCACACAAGGUUAUCACAUUGUGCAGACAGUGCUGGCUAAAGUUCCAACUAUGAAUCCAACCAGAAACAGACCAGAGGCUUUUUAGGUGGUGCAUGGUACUGCCCAAAUUACUAAUUAGACAAACUGCCUCAAGUUCUGCAUUGAUGCAGUCAGUAAGUAAUCUGGUCGUGUGUGUGUUCCAGGGUGCCAGGGCGUGCUGCAGGACGAAGGAGCGCAGGCCUGUGUCUGACGAGGACAGCUCUGAGAUGGAUGCAGACCCCAGCACCAGUACCUCAGAGGAGGAGGUCCCUCUCAACAUUACUGAUGAAAUGAAACGCAUGCUCAACCAGCUGUGAGUCAGCAUUCACACACACACACACACACACACACACACAUACACACUCUCUAGAGCUAUUCAGGAAGAAAAGAGCCCCCCCCCCCCCCCCCCCACACACACACACCAGUGGUGCGUUGUAAUCCUAUCAUGUUGUCCUUUGCUCCCAUCUAGUGUUAAUUCAGAGUCCUGCAUUCAUUAUUUUUUCGGUAGUUAAUUUCCUGUGCUAUAUUUAGGGCCACCAAAUGAUAAAUGAGAACAUUAAAUCAAAGAAUAUGUCUUCAUUGUGUAUAUGAAUUCCUCAGUGGUUAUAAGUCUAAUUUGUAUUACACUAAAUAUUCUGUCACUGUCUCAAGUCUUUCUCAAACACUGUAUGUAGUCUAUGUUUUCCUGCAUGUCUUCUCUACGUUUUCCUGCAUGCACUCUAUGUAUCUUUCUUCCUUCUCUGUGUUUGAACCUCUUGUGAAUGUGGUGCCUGUUGUUUCUCCUAUUUUCCUCCCUCUCUCUCGCUCUCUCUCUCCUCUCCUCCCUCCCUCUCUCCUUUCCUCCCUCCCUCUCUCCUUUCCUCCCUAUCUCUCUCCUUUCCUCCCUCUCCUCUCUCCUUUCCUCCCUCUCUCUCUCUACUUUCCUCCCGCUCUCUCUCUCUCUUUUCCUCCCUCUCUCUGUCUCUGUCCCCCAUAGAAAUUGUUCAGAUGAUAAUUUUGUUGCCAGGAGGGAGACGUUUGACAUUGAUGACGACUGUGACAGCCUGACAUGGGAAGAGAACGACGAGACCCUCUUGCUAUGGGAGGACUUCAGCAACUACAACAUACAACCCGGUGCCAUCCCUGCGACAAACUGCACAGCCAACAGCAACACAGAGGAGCCUGUAAGUCGGAAUAGAUACCAUACAGUAAAUGUCAAGGACACAUAUGUACAGGACAAUGCAUAAACAUUUCAAUUACCACUACCUACUGAUAAACUAAUGGGCAAGGGUACAGGAGGGCAUUGAGGAGUCUUUCACCUCCCAAACUUCCCAUCCAUUCAUAUUCAGCAAAGUGAAAUGUUUGCAGUAAAAUAACUUAUUUUCAUUUUGAAAUCCUGCCUAUUGUUCUGCUCUCAGUUGAGAAAUGCAAUAUCCCAACAGAGUGUUAGCUAAUCCUCUUUGCCUUCUUUGCUUCCUCCCAGGUCUCUCAAGAUGGAAGCCUGGGCAGCCUCAUAGAUGAGACAGAAUCACUAUUUAAGACCAGAGAGCAGGAGUACCAGGAGACCAUUGGCGCGAUUGAGGUGAACAGGCGGUGUCUGUGGGGAUGUGUGUGUGUAUGCACCUGCUUACGUGCCUGUGUGUGUAUACACUACCGUUCAAAAGUUUGGGGUCACUUAGAAAUGUCCUUGUUUUCCAUGAAAACAUACAUGAAAUGAGUUUGAAUAGGAAAUAUAGCUAAAUGAAUAGGAAAUGUAGUCAUUGACAAAGUUAGAAAUAAUGAUUUUUAAUUGAAAUAAUAAUUGUGUCCUUCAAACUUUGCUUUUGUCAAAGAAUCCUCCAUUUGCAGCAAUUAUAGCCUUGCAGACCUUUGGCAUUCUAGUUGUCAAUUUGUUGAGGUAAUCUGAAGAGAUUUCACCCCAUGCUUCCAGAAGCACCUUCCACAAGUUGGAUUGGCUUGAUGGGCACUUCUUACGGACCAUACGGUCAAGCUGCUCCCACAACAGCUCAAUAGGGUUGAGAUCCGGUGACUGUGCUGGCCAUUCCAUAAUAGACAGAAUACCAGCUGACUGCUUCUUCCCUAAAUAGUUAUUGCAUAGUUUGGAGCUGUGCUUUGGGUCAUUGUCCUCUUGUAGGAGGAAAUUGGCUCCAAUCAAGUGCCGUCCACAGGGUAUGGCAUGGCGUUGCAAAAUGGAGUGAUAGCCUUCCUUCUUCAAGAUCCCUUUUACCACCACCAAAGCACCCCCAGACCAUCACAUUGCCUCCACCAUGCUUGACAGAUGGCAUCAAGCACUCCUCCAGCAUCUUUUUAUUUGGUCUGCGUCUCACAAAUGUUCUUCUUUGUGAUCUAAACACCUCAAACUUCAAUUUGUCUGUCCAUAACACUUUUUUCCAAUCUUCCUCUGUCCAGUGUCUGUGUUCUUUUGCCCAUCUUAAUCUUUUCUUUUUAUUGGCCAGUCUGAAAUAUGGCUUUUUCUUUGUAACUCUGCCUAGAAGGUCAGCAUCCCGGAGUCGCCUCUUCACUGUUGACGUUGAGACUGGUGUUUUGCGGGUACUAUUUAAUGAAGCUGCCAGUUGAGGACCUGUGAGGCAUCUGUUUCUCAAAAUAGACACUAAUGUAUUUGUCCUCUUGCUCAGUUGUGCACUGGGGCCUCCCACUCCUCUUUCUAUUCUGGUUAGAGCCAGUUUGUGCUGUUCUGUGAAGGGAGUAGUACACAGCGUUGUACAAGAUCUUCAGUUUCUUGGCAAUAGCCUUCAUUUCUCAGAACAAGAAUAGACUGACGAGUUUCAGAAGAAAGUUAUUUGUUUGUGGCCAUUUUGAGCCUGUAAUCAAACCCAAAAUUGCUGAUGCUCCAGAUACUCAACUAGUCUCAAGAAGGCCAGUUUUAUUGCUUCUUUAAUUAGCAAAACAGUUUUCAGCUGUGCUAACAUAAUUUCAAAAGGGUUUUCUAAUGAUCAAUUAGCCUUUUAAAAUGAUAAACUUGGAUUAGCAAACACAACGUGCCAUUGGAACACAGGACUGAUGGUUGCUGAUAAUGGGCCUCUGUACGCCUAUGUAGAUAUUCCAUUAAAAAUCAGCCGUUUCUAGGUACAAUAGCCAUUUACAACAUUAACAAUGUCUACACUGUAUUUCUGAUCAAUUUGAUGUUAUUUUAAUGGACAAAAAUAUUGCUUUUCUUUCGAAAACAAGGACAUUUCUAAGUGACCCCAAACUGUUGAACGGUAGUGUAUGUGUGUAUGAGAGAGAGAAGGUGACAGAAAGAGAGGUAGGGGCCUACAUUUACAAAAAUAGAGUGAGAAUGAAAUCCCCUGAGAUUUAUCUGCCUGUUAGAGAUUGUCCUUGGGAAGAUUUUCCUCUUAUUGUAUCUAAUAGAAACACCUGUCAAGUAAAAGUACAGGGGAGGACGACUGCCUAUGAUUUGUUGGUUGUUUCGUCCCUCUCGCUGUUUGGUUUUGAUUUGUGACUCGGGUGACGAUUUGUCUGGCCAGAGUGAUUCAGUCCCUGGCAGGGCUGACACCUGUCCCUGCUCAACAUCACUGAUGUCUCUUUCUCUCUCCUCCCUACCCUCUCUCUUCUGUCUUCCUUUCUCUCUCCUCCCUACCCUCUCUCUUCUGUCUUCCUUUCUCUCUCCUCCCUACCCUCUCUUUUCAGUCUUCCUUACUCUUUCCCCUUCUCUCUCUUUCUCUGGCUCCCUUUCACCUCUCCCCUCCUCUUCUCUCAUCUCCUCUCUCUAUCCAUCUAUCUCUCUCACUCUCUCCCUCCCUCUCCCCUUGCCCCUCUCUCUCCCUCUCAGAUGGAGCUAGCCACAGCGAAGAGUGACAUGAACAGACACCUGCAUGAGUACAUGGAGAUGUGCAGCAUGAAGCGUGGUCUGGACGUGCAGAUGGAGACGUGCAGGAGGAUGAUCAAAGGGGGCAGGAACUCUCCCUCCGUCAGCUCGGUGGCCAGCAGCGACUCAGGGAACACUGACGAGAUCCAGGACGAACUACUGGACAAGGACGGAGAGGCUGAGGUGCCAAUCAGUUGA